AUGCCUGUCAGGUCUCAGGCAGCGAGAAGCUUUCUGUCGCCACGGAAGGAGGCUGAUGCAACGGUGUCGGAAAAGUCGAAGAUCGUGGAUCUGUGGUCGAGGGUCUGGCCGGAGAAGAUGGAGACUGUGGCGGAAUGCACGGCGGCGAAGUCGUGGGGGGCGACUGGGGAGAAGGAGAUGGAAUUGAUGACGAAGGAUUUUGCUGGGGUUGUUUCGAUGUAUUUGGGUAUUUUCGAUGUUCUUGGUCUGCGAAAAGUAAAGAAGAAUAAGGAGGAAGGAAAAAGGAAGAGAGAGAGCAUGGCUGAUUACGGCGACACGACUCAAGAAACUCAUAGGCGAGCGAAGGAUGAGGAUGAUCAUCAUUACCGAGAAUCAUGCACAAAAUUAACUCCCAUUAAUUAUCUAUUGGGAUUAGUAAGGAGGGUAAAUUUCUCAAUCGAGAUCGUGAAAUGGCGGGCUAGCCCGCGGACAGAACUGCACACAGGCCCAGACCAAAGGGCCCAAACCCGUUUUCACAUGUACUCUAUAAAUAUAGCGAAAAUUAUUAAUCUUCCACAGAUUAGGGUUUCUAGUUCUCGCCUCCACGAGAAUGCUCGGGUUUUGCAGCUUGAAAUUGAUGGAUUACGUGGGACUCACAAGCUGCCGGACCAAAAAGAAGCACCUCGAAUGAAACUGAAUUUUCCUCAUCGCAAUUGUUGGCCUAUUGGUACAGUUGACCAGGUACCUCUUGAUGUUGAAGUUGACUUUGUCCCAAGCAUAGGUGAACCUGUAUGCCUCGUAGCCGUACAUAUAGUUCCCCUGGUUUAUGAGGCAGUGAUCGGGCUCAUACAUUUGGAUUAUUGCCGGGUUGGUCCGUGGGUCAACCGAAGCGAAACCCGGGCAUAUCAGCUGAAGCCUGUAGAGGUCACAAUGGCACCCCAUCCAUAUGGUCACCAACCAUUGUGGCUUGUGGAGUAUCGUGUAACCGGUCGGCUCCUGGGUGAUUGUCGGUGGGCAUUCCAUUCCAAGCCCUGA